AUCUUGACGAGCUGAUGGCUGAUUCUUCUGGGCGAAUCUUUUACGGGGGAAAUUUGAUCCACAGCAUCGAUUGUGGCUGCUCUUCACUGGGUGCCUUGGUCUCCAAAAGACUGCUGGAAAAUGGCGAUUCCGUUGCAUUUAUCGAUGCCAUAACUGGAGCAACGGUAACGUUCCUCCAGCUUUUGGAGCACGCAAAACGUGUUUGUGGACGGCUGGAGGCUUUAGGUAUAAAGAAGGGGUCGAUCGUUGCGAUCGUGAGUGAAAAUCGAUUAGAUUUCUCGAUAGCGGCUUUUGCGUCUUUCUUCAGAAAUGCCACCGUAGUUCCGCUCAAUCCAAAUUACACUGAAACGGAAUUCAACCAUGUACUGAAUAUUAUCAGACCAUCUCUGAUUUUUGCAUCCAAUAAGCCGUUGAGCACAUUGGGAAAGGUCAACUCUCAGCAUCCCUAUAUUAAAUGGUUCGUAUCGUUGGAUGAUCAAACCCUUUCAGGAAAAGAUUUUAAGCUGAGCGAUUGGAUCCAAGAAAGUCGGCAAGUGACUCUGAAACUGGAUCCUGUAAUUUUGAAGAACGAUGUGGCAGUUAUGGUUCUUUCAUCCGGUACCACAGGUCAUCCGAAAGCUGUCCAGCUGACGCAUCACAACGUUAUGACCGUACUGGCUUAUAUGCGUGAAGAUCCGCGUUACACUGACCUUCCGGAACCGGUUCGUGUGCUUGGGUUGCUCCCAUUCUUUCAUGUGUACGGAUUUAUGCUUAUGAUGAACGCCAGCUGUAAUCGUUAUCCGAUGGUAGUUCUGCCUAGAUUCGAAGCUACCCUUUUUCUCCAGAGCAUCCAGGAGCACAAAGUAUCUAUGGCCAAUCUAGUACCACCACUGCUUGUGUUCCUGGCCAAAAACCCUGCUGUGGAACGCUACGAUCUUAGUUCCUUGAAGACAAUCUUGUCUGGAGCCGCUCCGAUCAGUGUAGACAUCGAGAAUCAAGUCCUGAAACGAUUACCGCACGUCGAAAGCAUACGGGCCGGAUAUGGUUUAAGUGAAGCAUCCCUCGGAGUGAUAUCGAAGUCCAACUUCAAGCCUGGCAGCGUUGGACGAGUUCACAAAACCUGUUGGGUGAAGGUGGUCGAUGUUGAAUCCGGAAGUACUCUUGGAGCGCACCAAACGGGAGAAAUAUGCAUCAAAGGACCACUGGUCAUGAAGGGCUACUACCGGAAUCCGGAGGCAACCCGGCAAACCAUUGAUUCCGAAGGAUGGCUCCAUACCGGCGAUACGGGUUACUUCGAUCAGGAUGGAGAUUUUUUCAUCGUCGAUCGCAUCAAGGAUCUUAUCAAGUAUAAAGGAUUCCAGGUGGCUCCAGCCGAACUCGAGGACAUCCUACUGAGCCAUCCAGGAAUCAAAGACGCGGCCGUCAUCGGACUCCCGGAUGAGGCCUGUGGAGAGCUCCCGGCGGCUUUCGUCGUACUACAGCCAGACCACUCGUCCAGUCUAAGUGAGCAAGAAAUUCGCGUUUACGUUGCCGAAAAACUUUCACCGCAGAAGCAAUUGCGUGGCGGCGUUUACUUUACCGCGGAAAUUCCCAAAACGGCCAGCGGUAAAAUAUUGCGGCGCCAGCUCCGGGACCAACUGACUCGGGAACGGCGGCAAAAGGCAAAGUUGUAGGAAUUUAUGGGCGAGCGCACUUUGCCCAUCCGUCCGUCGAUGAUGUAUCUCGGCGAGGAGAGUGGCAAAAGUGAUGUGCAAAGUGUCUCUCCAUCAUCGAAUUUGAAACUUGUACCGUUGGAAAAUAAAGUUUUCUUCUUCGAAGCAUCAGUAUCGCUGUUCGCUAGUGCGGGUUACAUUUCCGGAGUUUUACGGUAAAUUGGAAACUAAUAAUUCACAAGCUGGAUGAUAAUGUACCUUCUGCUGGAAGUUGGUUUAUUGAUCUGCUUUGGCAUGAUUGGAAAGUUGCGUUUUUCAUGCACGUGCCGAUUAGGCUUUCGGUGAAUGAUAGUAUAAGUUGAAAAAAAGUCAACUCAAGGAGAGAAAAUCGUUUCAAAUAUAGGUAAGGUGAGUAUGAGUGGUAACAAAUAGAUUUUUCUGUAUUAUCAGAUUUCUAAAAGCCAAUACAGAUAAAAUACAGAUACAGAGUGCAAACCUCCAGAUUUAUAUAAAUUUUUCAAAAAAAAAAUAAAUAAAUAAAAUCAUCUGUUGAUGGACUGUCAUUGGGUUAGUUCAGCAAAAAAUUACCGUAUACAGAGGGAAGAUGUCUACUAUAUAGCAAUAAAUAAC